AUGGCGUUGAAAACAGAAGAUUGGGCUACUCCACCUCCCUGUGAAGGCUUGAUCGAAGAAGAUGCUUUUCGCAAACAUUUCCGUGAGCACAGGAAAUCUCUCUCAUCUCCUGGGAUCCUACAGAAUACAUUCAUCGUCGUUCCAAUUGAGAUAAUCCCUGAUGAUCCCGACGAUGAGGAUUUGGAACCCAGUUGGGUCUGGGCAUAUGAUGCAGAUUGGGAUAGCGACUCGCAAGAAAUUGUAUGUAACGGCGAGAAAUACCAAGGCCGGAUUAAAGUACCUAUCACUGCACUCGAGGCUUGGUUCUAUGCGGCGCGUUGGGAGGGUGAGGGCGUGAGUCUUCGGGAUAUGUGGCUCAAGGCGCAGAAACAUAAGGGCAAUUUGUGGAUUUGCCAUUCAAAGGACCUGGAGGAGUGGGAUCAUGAGCCAGAUUUUAUUGAACAACGCAAUUUCAACCUCAAGAGUCUCAAGAAUCAUGAGGUCACAGCAGCCGACUGUGGGCUUGGGUUACCUACAGGCCCAGUCCUCACCAACUUUAGCGUCAUGGUCAUCUACUUUGGACGAGCCGUUGUUGUCGUCAUCAUUGUCCACAAAGAGCUUGCCAUCGUUAUCAUCGGCUUUGAGCAAGGUCUUUCCCUUGCCUCCGUUGGUUAA